AUGCAGCACAGUGUUACAUUUGGCUUCAAUACUCUCUGGCGCCAUGCAGCGUUCUUGUACAACGUGACGGCAGAAAUACAUGAGGGCGACAUGCCGGACAAAGCGACGGCCACGCACGCCACAAUCAUGCAGCUGUGGAUCGCGGCUGCCGGCAGCCUGCGGGCGGAUACCGCCAUUGCGCUGAUCUAUGAUUACGGCAUGGACGCGGGCACCGUCCUCAAGGCGGACCAAGACUUCGCGCUCUCGGUGCUGAGCGUCGGGCACCCUCCUGGCCACCACCACGCCAGCCAAGCGAGCCGCAACCAGCCCCGCCGAGCCACUUUCCAGGUGUACGUCGGCCAGUCCCGGGACCCUCAACGGCGCUUCCAAGCUCAUGCCCGCAACCCACCCAGCCGGAUGAAGGACGACGCCUGCUGCUACCAACCCUUCCGAGACCACUUCACCCUCACGCGCCUCAUGUCCACCGCCAAUCCUGCUCUGGCCCAAAAGAUGGAGGCCCUCUACAUCGCGCAGUUCAAGGCUCAGGGGCCGGGCGGCUACAAUGUGCUGCACAGGCCGUCUUCCGCCAGCCCGGCCUUCUACGCUAUGAGACACUCCAAGACGAUGACGCCCCUGCCACGCUUGCCUAGCCCACACAGCAACUGGACACUUAACGCUUGA